AUGCAGUCCUCUUUUAUGUUCGCGUUGGCUGUAGCCAUCCUCAGCUCUGUCACUACCGGACAACUGCUACCACCAUCAAUUGUUCCUGAAAUCCAGCCUUACCCAUCUGGUGCCCCUAUCCUUCUUGUCUCCGGCUCAUUCAGCCUGGGCCCUGCAUCGUCGGAAACGGCAUAUCCAGCACCCGGUGACGGUGAUGAUGAUGAUGAGAAUGGAGAUGAUGAAAAUGACGAGGAGUCUCCAGUGAUUACAGGCUUGCCAGGUAUUCUGGGAGACCAUGAACCAAAGACUCUGGACCCUGAACCAAGUGCUACCACUCUUCGGGUACGAGGGGAUUCAUCCAUCCAGAUGCUCCCUGAGUCCACCUUGACAUCCGCAUCCAUCAUGACUCGUACAACUUCUCAAGUAACGAGCUCUGAGCAAGUUCCGUCGACUCUGAUUGAGGCUUCAACUUUGGACCCGACCUCUCUCACCCGACUAAUUCCUGAGCCCAGCACGAUGUCGGCUUCUACUCUGGCUCCCAGGGCUACUCAGGCUUAUCCCAGACGAAGAAGACAGGCAAGACAUGCGGGUUAUACCAUGACGACAUCUACGAUAUCAAUCUCAGAUCCAACUUCUCGGACACAGAUUCCCCCUGAAUCUACCAUGUCGGCAACAACCCUAGCAACGGUGAAGCGAGAGCAUAACAGGCACACAAACGGCGUUUCCAACCCUCGUCCUCGCCAUACGAAUCCUGUCGGGAAGAGAUAUGGAUCCAAUGGCGGUUGUUAUUAUGAAAAAGGGGCAAAGGGGAAAGGGGGCCUAAUGCAACAGCAUCCUGGUGAUGAGCAUUUGCAGGAUAAAAUAUCUAACAAGCCAAUUCAAGGGGGUCUCCAAUUGAUAGAUGACCAGGCAGGUAGUAUUAACUUGUGGUUAAUAUUGCUUUAUUCCAAACGAGCCAGGCAAACAUGCGUCAACCCCAACCUAUCUAUUUUUUCCAUUUCGUUGAAGAAACAUAACAAUGUAUAUCGUGGGGAAGAGACAUCAAGGCAUUUCAAGUAG